UUGGAACAGGAGCCAGAGGUUUGGUUGGCUCUGGGUGCACACAGGCACUGUUUUUCCAGGAGCACCCGGUGCUGGUCAGUGUGGGGACCUCUGCGUGGGGACAAGUCUCCCUGGCUCAGGACAGCCCUGACAGCCGCUGUGCUGUCAGCGGGGGAUUUCCAGACCUGGGAAGGCAGUGGGCACUCAUUCACUCCCCUCCAGCGAAGCCACGCGAGUCCAAAGGUUAUGUGUUUUGCUGAGGUGGAAUGCAGGAGUGGUGGCACCGUGUGGCCUCCAGGCAUCCAUCGUAUCUGCACAUGAGCCACCACAAAGGGAAUUGCCAUGGGAAGAGGAACUGGUCUGGAGGUGUGAGCCCUGACUGGCAGCAGCGUGUGGCACAGGUCGGUGCAAGCUGCAGAUGGAGGUGACCAGAGACAGAAAGAUCCCGGGCACUGCUGCACCCUUGGGUUCGCAGGGCAGUGCCCACAUUGGGACCUCUGAAACCACCAACUCUCCCACCACUGUGCUGGAAAGGUCACAGGCAAUGAGAGCUCCCCAGCACGGAUUUCCCUUCUGGCAUUGCAGUGUUUGACUCAGCUGAGGAGCCUUCACCAUGAUGUUCGCUAACAAGAAGCACUUCACCACUGCUGUCAUCGGGGCACUGAUUGCACUCUCCAUCAUUGCCCUUGUUCUCAGCCUGGUGAGGAUCGAAGAUGUCACCCUGCCACCCACUGUCAAGUAUGGAAUGGUAUUUGACGCAGGCUCAUCCCAUACCUCUCUGUUCAUCUACGAGUGGGACUCAGACAAAGAGAACGACACCGGAGUCGUCAGCCAGACCUUGUGCUGUGAUGUCCAGGGGCAAGGCAUAUCAAGCUAUGCCGAUGAUCCUCCAAAAGCUGGCGAUUCCCUAAGAGAGUGUCUGGAUAAAGCCCUGAAGGUCAUUCCUGCUGCAAAACACAGGGAUGUCCCAGCUUAUCUUGGAGCAACGGCAGGCAUGAGGCUACUGAGGGAGCAGAACAGCUCCGUGGCAGACCAAGUCCUGGCUGAAGUUGCUAAAACCAUGCGAGAGUACCCUGUGGCUUUCAAAGGGGCUCGAAUCCUUACGGGAGAGGAGGAGGGGGCUUACGGCUGGAUCACCAUCAACUACCUGCUGGAGUCCUUCACCAAGUACUCCCCCAAAACACACACCUGGGUUCGUCCAGAGGCGGCCAACAUUUUUGGGGCGUUGGAUCUUGGAGGAGCAUCCACUCAAAUCAGCUUUAUGCCUGAAGGUUCAGGGAUAAACUGGAACGAAGCCUCCAACUUCAUGCUGUACGGGUAUAACUACGACAUCUACACCCACAGCUACCUCUGCUACGGGCAGAACGAGAUGCUGAAGCGACUGGCAAAGGAAUUGAUUGCGGAGUCAUCCUCCAGCUCACGAGUCAAUCACCCUUGCUACCCAAAAGACUACAAUGAAACCGUCUCGCUGUCUUCCUUCCGCACCAGUCCCUGCACGAACCAAAGCGACCCACGCUUGAUCCUUGGUGACAGGAACGUGACCCUGGAGGGCAGGGGCAAUGCCACCGAGUGUCUGGCUGCCAUCAAGAAGCUGUUCAACUUCUCAGCAUGCGGCCAGAGCCAGGACUGCACCUUCGAUGGGGUCUACCAGCCCCCGGUCAGCGGGCAGUUCAUUGCCUUCUCUGCCUUCUACUAUAACUUCAAGUUUCUCAACCUGACCGAGGGGCAGCCGCUGGCCACUGUCAGGGAAACCAUCAAGAGUUUCUGCACGAGAAGCUGGGAAGAUCUGUCUUCUAGCUACCCUGAAGAGAAUCCUGCGCGACUGCCUAAAUAUUGCACCAAUGCCAACUAUAUCCUCACACUCCUCCUCGACGCCUAUAAGUUCAAUGAGACCAACUGGAACAACAUUUUCUUCCAGAUGAAGGCGGGGAGUGCCAACGUUGGCUGGACGUUGGGCUACAUGUUGAACCUCACCAGCAUGAUCCCGGCGGAGGCUCCAGUGUGGGUGAAGGGACACGUGCCUUCCCUGUGGGCUGCAGCUGUCGCCUUCAUCAUCCUCACCCUUGCCUUGGGGCUUGCUGCCCUGCUCCUGCUGCUGUGGGUGUAGGAGCCUGGCUGCGUUUUGGAGCCCCGCAAGAGCGUGUUGGGGCUGGAGGGUUGUCUGCACUGGAAUGCCCUGCGCUUCUGUCAGCAAGACUGGCAGCCUAAGGCUGGUUCAGUGAUGCUUAGCACGUUAACCCCUACAGCUCUGAUGAAUUGAGGGCUGGUCCCACACUCAGCUGCCCUCAACGUGCAGAUAGGCACCACGUGAGGUUUCCAGAGGAGCUCCCCGCAUGUGGAGACCUGCCAGGAUAAGCCUACGCACCACAGAACCCCUAACCACGCCUGUCCGCCUCCUGACACUGCUCUGUCUGUUACAGCUCUGUCCUCCAUCCCACUGGCUGGCACAUGGGACUAUGGAGAGCCAGCCUGGCCACAGAAGAGCUCCUUGAGUGCCAGAUGGCUGCAGCCUUUUGGUCACAGGGUGCUUCGUGUGAUGCUGAGUCUGACUGCGAUCACCAACAGCCAGGCAGGUCCCUGGCAGCUCAACCAGAAUGAGGGCAUGCAAGGCUCUGCAGAGCUCCAGCUGGCUCUCCUGAGGGUGAAUGGUUUAGCCGUAUCUGAUGGUCCUGGAGACACAAGGCAAACUGAGCACUCAAAGUCAGAAGCAUGGUCCAUGUCUCCCCAGAGGGUCCAUGUCAUCUUGUCUUCCUUUUCAGGCUGACAGAGUUGGGGUUGUUCAGCCUGAAGAAGAGAAGGCUCUGGGAAGACCUUAGAGCAGCUUCCAGUGCUGAAUGGGGGUCCAGGAAAGCCGUGGAGGGGCUUUUUAUGAGGUUGUGUAGUGAUAGGAUGAGGGGGAAUGGCUUUGAAUUGGAAGGGGGAAGAUUUAGAUUAGACGUUAGGAAGAAAUUCUUCAUGAUGAGGGUGGGGAGGCCCUGGUCCAGGUUGCCCAGAGCAACCCAGGUUGCCCAGUGGUGGCUGCCCCAUCCCUGGAGGGGUUCAAGGCCAGGUUGGAUGGGGCUUGGAGCAACCUGAUCCAGUAGGAGGUGUCCAUACCCCUGGCAGGGGGUGGAACUGGAUGGGCUUGAGAUCCCUUCUGACCCAAACCAUUCCAUGAUCCUAUGAUUCUUCUUGGAAAAAGGGACUGAUGUUCCUCAGCGUCUUCCUGGACACAACCUUGUCCAACCAGCAGAAGGUGUGGACACCAUUGGUGUCAGGCUGAGACUCUAGCAAGCUGCAAGUCCUGCUCUGCCCCUCCACAUGUGGGUGACGUGGGUCCUGCCCAUGACUGCGCCCUUGCCUUUGCCUUUGGUUCUGCUCAUUUGUUACCUGCCCUGAGGAUGAUUCACCUUGUUAUUCACCUCCCAGCAGCCAGGGGCUGACCUUUGGUGUCUCUGCAGGAAGGCAGGCAUCUCACAGUCCCG